AAAAUAUUACAUACACACAAAAUGGUCAAACAAGUUGAUUCUCACUCUGAAUUGAAAUCAUUGAUUGAAGGACACGAAGGACUCGUCGUUGUCGAUUUCUUUGCUACUUGGUGCGGUCCUUGCAAGAGAAUUGCUCCAACCAUUGAAGAAUGGUCCAAGACUCACACCACUGUCUUGUUCUUGAAGGUUGAUGUUGAUAUCAAUGAUGAAUCUGCUUCAGUUUACUCUGUUGAAGCUAUGCCAACUUUCCUCUUCUUCAAGGGUGGUCAAAAGAUUAAGUCUGUUGUCGGUGCUAACCCAAAUGCCCUCUUGGAUGUUAUCAAUGAAAACAAGUAAGCUGUGUAAAUAUUUUCCCUCCGAAUUGAAAAUAAACAUUUUCUUUUAAUGU